AUGAUACCACGGAGAAAACACAACGCGUCUUCAGGGUCGCUCCCGCCACCGGACGACAAGAACGCCAGCAACGACUACAUACUUUCAGAAAAUGGCGCCAGCGAGGGUUGGCGAGCGGCUCUACGAAGACGGUUUAACAAGAAAACCCUCAACAAGAGAUUUCCCAUCACAGGCUGGCUACCGCAGUACAAUGCGGAAGAGGCCAUCGGAGACGUAAUAGCGGGUAUAACCGUGGGUCUGACGGUGAUCCCUCAGUCACUGGCGUACUCCAACAUCGCCGGUCUGCCUCCUCAAUACGGACUGUACGGUUCGUUCCUCGGCUGCUUCGUGUACAUCGUACUGGGCGGGUGCCGCGCCGUGCCCGCGGGCCCUACUGCCAUCGCAUCCUUACUCACUUGGCAAGUGGCUGGAGGCGUAGUGGAGAAGGCGAUCCUAUUGAACUUGCUCACGGGACUCGUGGAACUUAUGAUGGGAGUGCUCGGUCUAGGCUUCCUUAUCAACUUCGUCUCAGGACCCGUUUCUUCAGGCUUCACGUCGGCCGUUGCUCUUAUGAUCGCCACCUCCCAGGUCAAAGAUAUGUUCGCUAUAUCUGUCACUGGAACUACUUUCUUACAACAGUGGAUCUCUGUAUUCCAAAAUAUUCACAAUGCAUCGCUUUGGGACCCAGUUCUAGGAUUCAUCUGCAUUGCGUUACUCCUGUCAAUGAGGAAAAUCGGGAUGAUUAAAUUGGGAGCCAAAAACCCGGAAGGUCCAAGCACACGACAAAAAGUUCUGACCCGUUGUAUGUGGCUGUUGGGGACUUGUAGAAAUGCUAUCGUGGUGGUGGCGUCGGGAGCUUUGGGGUUCUGGUUCGUGAACCAACAGGGAUCCUCUCCCGUGAGACUCAUGGGCGAGAACGUGCCUAACGGAGCGAUACCGUCGGGAGUACCGACCCCGCAGGCGCCGCCGAUGAGCUACGUGCGUGCCGACAACACCACAGCCGACUUCCUGGAGAUGGUCUCGGAGCUGGGCUCGGGUCUGCUGGUGAUACCCAUCAUUGUACUCCUGGAAGACAUCGCUAUCUGCAAGGCGUUCUCAGACGGACGGACCAUAGACGCCACGCAGGAGAUGAUCGCACUCGGGGUGGCCAACAUCGCUAACUCCUUUAUGCAAGCAUACCCGGGGGGCGGCUCACUGGCACGGUCCGUCGUGUCCAACGGCUCCGGAGUCAGGACGACCUUCAAUGGACUUUAUACUGGUGUCAUGGUGAUCUUGGCUCUACAAUUUUUUACUCAAUAUUUCGAGUUUAUACCCAAAGCUGCACUUGCUGCUGUUAUUAUUUCAGCGAUUCUAUUCAUGGUUGAAUACGAUGUUAUCAAACCAAUGUGGCGAGCUAAAAAAUUGGACCUGAUACCUGGCGUAGGCACAUUCAUUCUCUGCUUAACUCUUCCUAUCGAGUUGGGUAUUCUGACUGGAGUCGUCGUCAACAUUAUUUUCAUCCUGUACCACGCAGCACGCCCUAAAUUCUCUGUUGAAAUGUUAAAGACGGAGCAGGGCGUGGAGUAUCUGAUGAUCACCCCGGACCGCUGCCUCAUGUUCCCGUCCGUGGACUACGUGCGGCGGCUCGUCACUAAGUGCGCCGCCAGUAGCUCGGUGCCCGUCGUGAUCGAGUGCACGCACAUCUACAGCGCCGACUACACAGCUGCCAAGAGUAUCGAGCAGCUCACGGGCGACUUCCACGCCCGCCAGCAGCCCCUCUACUUCUACAACGUCAAACCUUCCGUCUGCUCCAUUUUCGAAGCGGUCACGAAGCCCGAGCACUUCGUGGUGUUCUACGAGGACGACGAGCUGGACCGCCUCCUGGCCGCCGACGAACGGCUCGCACCUCGUAAGCCGCCCCCGCUGCACGCCUAG